AAACGGAACAACAACAAGAUGAGGAUACCGAAUCUGGAGCUGAGUCGCGGACUAGGUCGCUUUCUUUAAGACGUUCGCGGCACUGCCCUCGAUGCGCACGGCAGACUAUCAACCGGUCGUCUCCAGGAUAAAACAGCUCCUCUGUGUACUCGCGGUUUUGUGCGAAAACCGGAGCUCUCUGAACACUCUCUCUAUUGUGUUUAUGCUCGUUGUUGUGUGUUUAGAGGGGCUGGGGAGGCGGCUAUUUAUAGGAGCCGAACCCCUAGGAAUAUACCCUCUUGCUUGGGGAAUAAGUCGGAUUAAUUAAGGAAGAUAAUUACUUCCUUAAUUAAAACCGUCGGUUAGGAUAAAUCCUGCGGAG